AUGAAUGAUCGUGAUUUUCCGGGGAGUAACAUCCCUGAAAAGCUGGUGAGCAAGGGUUUAUUUGAUCAGAAUGGAGUUCCGUUAUCUCCGUUUGCUGCUGAUAUACGCGAGACAUGUUCGUCUCCGGAUACUGUUCCUGUUCGUGGUAUUGGCCUACGGGUGACUAAUAUUGAGGGAAUAUCUACGAUGCCAAGGAGAGGUAUGUUUUACUCAGACAAUGUCUCGGUUAUAGAUGGACUUGCUGCUAUUUCUAAACCCGUUACUAUGGAUAAUGCUGUGAAAGACGGUUCGGGUAGUGUGGGGGAAGGGGAAUGUCAUGUUCAUGGGACUAGUAGUCAGCAGGAGCAUGUUACUGGCGCAAAAUCAUAUGCUCAAUCUGUUAGGGGAACUAGUGAAAGGAAGGUAAAUUUUCGUUCGUUGGAAGCUGAAGAGAAGCAGGAUGGAUGUGAUGUUGUUCUUUCUAGGGAUUCCGUUAGAGUGGUGCAAGAUAAGUUAGCAAACACUUUGUAUGGAUACUUUUUGGGGGAUCGUGUCGCGUUUCCGGUUGUGGACUACUUUGUUAAGAAUAAUUGGAAGCGUUUUGGUUUACAAAAAUCUAUGAUGAACGCCAAUGGGUACUUCUUUUUCAAAUUUGCGGACCAUGCAGGUAUGAUGAAUGCUCUGAAUGAGGGUCCAUGGAUUAUUCGAUCUCAGCCGUUGUUUUUGGAACUCUGGUCCCCGUCCGUUAAGCUGGAGAAGAAAGAGGUGAAGAAGGUUCAGGUAUGGGUUAAGUUCCAUGAAGUCCCUAUAGCGGCAUAUACUGAGGAUGGUUUAAGUUUAAUUGCUACUACUAUAGGGGAGCCGAAAGCCUUGGACUCUUUUACUACUUCAAUGUGUGUAGAUAUGUGGGGUAGAAGCAGUUUUGCCCGUGCUCUGGUUGAGAUUUCAGCCGAUUCUGAAUUCAAGGAGGAAUUAACCAUUGCAGUUCCUCGGCUUGAUGGAGAUGGAUUUAUCAAGGAGAAAGUUUAUGUCGAGUACGAAUGGUGUCCUCAUAGGUGUGAGCGAUGUAGGGUUUUUGGUCAUACUAACGAGUGCUGCCCUAAGCAAGCUUCGAAAGGCUUUAAUGGUAAUACUCAACAUGGGAAGUCCAAUGGUAAACAACCUAUUCAGGAGAGGGGUAUUCCAAAGAGGCAGCCUAUGGUCGAUGAUGAUGGUUAUACCACGGUUCAAGGAAAGAAGGUAGCUAGGAAAGUUGGGUUCAAUGUCAAUAAACCGAAGCAAAAGUUUGAAUAUAGACCUGUGGCGUCUAAGGGCAAAAAAGAUGAACCGGCUUUUGCGUCUAAGGGUGGGGGUACGAGUUCUAAUCCAGGUGGUUCAAGGAAAAAAGCUGAGCCGGCUGUCGCGUCGGUUCAGGUUUCGAACUCGUUUGAUGCUCUGAAUGAUCCAGAUGUGAAUAUGGAUGAGAAUGGGGAUACCUCUGGGCCGUCACAUCAUGAGGUGGAGGAUGAAGAGGUUGUUGAGGUGCUGAAUGCAUCAUAUGGAGAUGAGAUGGACGAUUUUUUGCGGAAGGGAACGACUAAAUCGGAUGGAACAAAAGGGGCAAGCACUCCUUCUUCGUUGGUUAAUCAUGCGAAUUAUUAUGUCAGUCGUCGGGAUCUUUGGCAUAAUCUCUCAAUGCACAAACUAUUCGUCCGCAAUGAACCUUGGGUGAUGCUAGGUGAUUUUAAUUCGGCUCUAAACCUUGAAGACAAGUCUAUGGGUUGCUCGUCGGUGUCUGCUAGCAUGAAAGAGUUUCAAGCUUGUGUAGAUGAUAUUGAAAUGGUUGACUUAAAUCGAACUGGUAUCCAUUUUACGUGGAAUCAAAAGCCUAAGAAGGGGAUUGGGUUAAUGAAAAAGAUUGAUAGAGUUAUGGGAAAUACCCAGUUCAUAGCCAGCUUUCCUAGUGCUGUGGCGAUGUUCUACCCGUCCAGGUUAUCGGAUCACUGUCCGUGUGUCCUAAAGGUUCCGGAAAUUAAUAAACCUAAACAUCGGCCUUUCAAAUUUGCAAAUUUUCUGGUUCAUAAACCUGAAUUCAUGGGGAUUGUUAAGCAGGCGUGGGAUAUGAGUGUUAGUGGUGUGCAUCAGUUUUCUGUGGUUAAAAAACUUCGGCUGCUUAAGCAGCCUCUACGCGGGUUACUGUUUCAGCAAGGUAACUUGCAUAAAAAGGUGCAACUUUUACGUGAUAGACUUGAUGGUAUCCAGCGAGAUAUGGAUACGGAUUUGAAUAGUGUGAAUCUACGGGUUGAGGAAGCUAAUGUUCGGCGUGCUUAUCAAGAGGCUUUGCUAGAUGAAGAGAGAUUUUUGAAGCAAAAGUCUAAGGUCGACUGGCUUUCGGCUGGUGAUAUGAACUCGGCUUUUUUCCAUUCAGCGCUCAAAAAUAAAAUUCAUUACAGUCGGAUCGAUGUUAUUCGGGAUACUAGUGGUAAGGAGUUUGAGAAUGAUUUAGUCCAAAAAGCGUUUGUGGAGCAUUAUGAAAAAUUUUUGGGAUGCAAAGGGACUACGUCGCUAAGUCCAUCCCCCGAUUUAUUUGCAAAAACGCUGGAGACGGGUGUUGCCACUCAUAUGGUUAGACCGGUCACUCCCGAUGAGGUUAGACAGGCUAUCUUUUCGAUUGGCUCGGACAAGGCUCCUGGGCCUGAUGGCUUUACUGCUGGUUUCUUUAAAAGUGCUUGGCCAAUCGUUGGUAAGGAAGUCUCGAAUGCCGUGAUGGAUUUCUUUGUUACAGGGAGGCUCCUUAGGGAAUUAAACCACACGCUCAUUGUUCUGAUCCCUAAAAGUACGUCCCCAUCUGUAGUCACAGAUUACCGGCCGAUUGCUUGUUGCAAUGUCCUGUACAGAUGUAUUAGUAAAAUUAUUGCUGAGAGAAUUAAAGUGGCGCUGAAUGAUAUUGUCAGUAUCAACCAAUCUGCUUUUGUGCCGGGUAGAAAAAUCUCUGAUAACAUAUUGUUAACGCAAGAGCUGAUGCACAAUUAUCACCGGAAUAUAGGCCUGCCUAAAUGUUCUUUCAAAGUUGAUAUUCAGAAGGCGUAUGAUACUGUGGAUUGGGAUUUUCUCAAGAAUAUAUUGAUUGGGUUCGGGUUUCAUGCUGAUAUGGUCCACUGGAUUAUGGUAUGUGUUUCUACUACCACUUUUUCUGUGUGUAUCAAUGGUGAUGUUCAUGGUUUUUUCAAGGGUAACCGGGGCCUUAGACAGGGUGAUCCAAUUUCUCCAUACUUGUUCACGCUUGUCAUGGAGAUUCUUACGGCUAUCUUACAUCAUGCGGUUAGGAUUGACUCUUCUUUUAAAUUUCAUAACAAAUGCGAACGCCAACAGAUCAUCAACCUCUGUUUUGCGGACGACUUGUUUAUUUUUUCAAGAGGAGAGAUUGCGUCGGCCAGGUGUAUUAUGAAGUCCCUUGAUUCGUUUACGAAGAUGUCGGGUUUAUUACCUAAUAUUCAGAAAAGUACAGUUUAUUUCUCUAAUGUGCCGUCUUAUAUUAAAAAUGCGAUUUUGAAUAUUAUGCCAUUCAGGGAGGGUACUUUGCCAGUGAGAUAUUUGGGUGUGCCUCUUAUAUCUUCUCGUUUGCUGUAUAAAGACUGUCAAGUGAUGGUGGAGAAAUUAGAAAAACGUAUUAUGCAUUGGAGGAACAAACUCCUUUCUUUUGCAGGCAGGGUUCAACUCAUUGUUUCGGUCUUGUCUUCGAUGUAUAUCUUCUGGUCGUCAGUGUUUAUCCUGCCGAAUCGGGUGAUCCUUGAGUUGGAGGCGAUGAUGCGAAAUUUUUUAUGGUCUCAGGAUAGUGCGUUUCAAAAAGGGCGUGCCAAGGUGUCUUGGAAAGCGAUCUGUGUGCCUAAGUUUGAGGGUGGGCUAGGCAUUCGUCGAAUCAGAGAUGUUAAUAAAGCGCUUAUGACAGCUCAUAUUUGGAGUAUUAUUUCGAGACGGGACUCCUUGUGGGUUCAGUGGGUUCACUCAUACAGGUUGAAAGGGAAAAGUUUCUGGGCUUGUAGAGUUCCUGCUAGUUGUUGCUGGUCAUGGAGGAAGAUUCUUCAGAUUCGGCCGAUUAUGCGGAGUUUCAUUUGGUCCGAUGUUGGUAAUGGUUUAAGUACGUCAGCUUGGUUUGAUAACUGGAGUCGAUUAGGUCCGCUCGAGCAGUUUAUUUCGCCUAGAUCGAUUGCAAAUGCGGGGUUCAAUAUGGAAUCAAAAGUCUCGGAUGUGUUUGCUAAUAAUUCGUGGAGAUGGCCAGCCGCUUGGAGGGAUUUAUAUCCGGUUCUGAUACAGCUGGAUCAAUUGUCUUUUGAUACUCACAGACCUGAUAAACUUGUAUGGCGACAUGGAGAUCAGAUUCAUGAUUUUUCUACAUCUCGUGCUUGGGAUUCGAUUAGGCACCGAGAAUUGGAGGUUGGGUGGAGUCGCAUUGUUUGGUUCGGUCAAUGCAUUCCGCGUCAUGCGUUCUUAUUGUGGCUGAUCAUGAGAAGAAAGUUACUCACUCAGGAUAAAAUACUGUCUUGGGAUUUCUCGCGUAGGAAGAAUAUGGAUAUGAUGUGUUGUUUACUCUGUUAUGCUAACCAUGAUUCUCACUGUCAUCUGUUCUUCGAGUGUAAGUAUUCUGCUCAAGUGUGGCAUAUGGUUAGGUGCAAAGUGGGUAUGGCUUCGGUGCAGGCCAAAUGGGAUGAUAUUGUUAAUUGGCUUAUGUUACGGUCCAAAUCGAAGUCGGCGGCUGAUUAUAUAUCGAGAUUGGGGGUGGCUGCUAGUGCUUAUUUUAUUUGGCAGGAACGUAAUGCUAGAUUAUUCAAGAAUCAGUUGAGACCUCCGGAAAUCCUAAGUGAACUUAUUACACAACAGGUGCGGUAUAAAUUGAUGGGAGCGAGGUUGAAGAAUUGUGAUAAUGUGCGGCGACUUCUAAGGGAGUGGGAGAUUGAAGGAACAGAACUCCAUGAUGAUGGCGGCUGA